AUGCGUUAUUCCCUUCGACUCGCCAUCUUCCUCUGUCUGGUCUCUCUUUUGUUCAUUCUGCAUACCAUCCGGUUGCUCACGUUCUAUCGUGGCCUCCCGGUCCUCAAGUCGCGGCACCACAGCGAUGAUGAAUCUGCCUACGUCUUCUACGCAACAUCCAACCUGUACGCAUGUUCUGUGAUAGUCAACAUUCACCGCCUGCGCCGCCUCUUCCACACGCCCCAUCCGAUAUACAUUCUCGUGUCGGACGCCGUGUCGAUUCGGUACAAGACGGUGUUCCGAGAGCGGUAUAACGUGACCGUUAUUGAACAUGAGCCGCCCCCUUUACCGGCUGGGAGCGCGCCUUAUUAUAAGGAUGUUAUGCUCAAGUUGGUGGCUUUCAAGUUGUACGUGUGGGCGCCGAUGGUCAAGAGGGUUAUAGUGUUGGAUGGGGAUGUUUUGGUCUUACGGGGUUUGGAUUCCUUGUUCGGUGGGGUUGAGGAGGGAGUGGAUGUUGCGGCACCGCAUGCGUAUUGGCUUGGGGGUGGUGAUGUGGUGAGCGGCGUGACGAGCGCGAUGAUGAUGGUCCAUGUGUCCGAGGGGUUGUGGGCAAGAAUGGAAGCCGCUUUGGAGAGGGUCAAGCUUGAAAGCAGAGUCGAUGUGUAUGAUAUGGAUUUGAUCAAUCAGGAGUUUUUUAAACCUGGUGGGGAUGGCGAAGGGGAUCGCGGGCUAGCAUUGCCGGGGGAGUUUUGUACGUUGAAUAGUCACUGGGAGGUGGGCGAGGUGCCGGCUUGGUCCAGGUUCAGACAGGAUCAUAUACGGUGGCCACCAGAGGAACGGAAAGCAUUGGGUCAGGAUCGAGCUGUGCGGGAAGACCAGGAGGGCAAGCAGGGGAGGGGGCCAUCAUUGGAAUCGAUGGUGGAAAGCGGUCCUGGAGGGCAGCAGACGAGACAUAGGGAGGCAAAGAGAAAUGGGACGUCGACCCAUCAGGAAGGACAUGGUGAUGUCCUCAGAUACGAUCCAGGCCUGGUCGAUCCUUUGACGUCGAUUUUCCACAACGACGUGUAUGUCUUGCAUUUCACGGCGCUGGGGAAGCCGUGGAGUGUCACCGUGCAGAAUGUUCAUCAGAUGCGGCCUGACGCGCAUCCUCUAUUCGCUGAGCAGUUCCUCCUGUGGCGGCGAGCGGCGAAGUAUGUGUGUCCACCGCUGGCGUUGGACGAGAAAGGAGGAAACGAGGUUGUUGGGAAGAAAUACAAUUAUGGAGAUGAGGGAGGAGAGGGAGGGUCCGGGUAUAUGGCUGAGGCGGCGACGGGGAGGUUCUUGGAUGACGUAUAG